AUGCUACUAUUCAUUAUCACUAAAUAUUUCGCCGCUCUAACAAUAAUAACAAUACUAUCUAUUGCAAAAACGAAUGGACAAGGUCUUUCACUCCUGCAAUCGUUCAAUAAUAAUAUUGUAGGUGCCAACUCAUUGAGUAAUAAUGCUAACGCAGGACAGGGCCCUGCAGCUGCUCCACAAGCUCCACAAGCUCAACAGAAUGCUCCUGCCGCGCGGAAUUCUGCAAUUGGUGCAGGCGUGGGUUUUCUUGUAGGAAGUUUGUUUGGUGCCUCCCUUCCAUCUCCUGUUUAUUAUGGUGGAUUUUACAGACCUUAUUACUAUCCUUAUUAUUAUUAUUAUUAUCCUUAUUAUUAUUACCGUGGUUAA